AUGUCCACUUCUGCUUCCACCACCACACCCCUGGACCGCUACAAGCUAAUCUUCUUCGUUCCCCCCUCCAACCUCGAACCCUGCAAAGAAGCCAUCUUCGCCACGGGCGCAGGCACCUUCCCCGGCGGCAAGUACACCAAAUGCUGUUUCCAGACGCGCGGACAGGGCCAAUUCUUACCGAACGAGGGUGCGAAUCCGGCGAUUGGAGCUGUGGGUGUGGUGGAGCAGUGUGAGGAGGUUAAGGUUGAGAUUAUGUGUUUGGGUCGGGAGGUUAUGGUGGAUGCGGUGAGGGAGUUGGUGAAGGCGCAUCCGUAUGAGGAGGUUGCGUAUGAGGUUUAUCGGAUGGAGGAUGUUUAG